AUGUCUGCAAGUGGUGGACCUGCUAGCACUGAUCAAAGAGCUGGAAGACAGACAACGAAUAUUAGAGAAAUUCCAAUUCAAAGAUCGGCUUCUGCUUUUGCACCUUCUAUUGGGGGAAUUAUGGGGAGUAGUGCUAGACCGAUACAAGCUGCAGCACCUCCACCUACUCACAAUGAAUAUUAUAGAAGAGAGGUAUUAACUCGAACAUUGGUCACACGCUCUACAGAAGCUUUGAGUGCACCUCCGCCUCUAAGUCGUUCACCACCAGUUGCACCAACACUGCCUCCUACACGGCCCUUAAAUGUUGAUCUGCCUCCUAGAGAUCAACUUUCUGAGGAAUAUUGGGUUCGGUAUUCUCGCAACAUUGAAGAAGAAGAACGCCGAUUACGCUCUGAACAGGAACAUCGUCGCCGAGCAGAAGAAGAACGUCGCCUUCGAGUAGAAGAACAACGCCGCCGUCUUGAACAACAGGAACAAGAAUUGGUCGAAAAAUUGCGGAGAGAGAGAGAACAAUUGGGGAAAACAUUGGAAGCCCAAAUGCUCGACAGGGAACGUGCUGAACGUGACAGAAUACAUCAGGAUCGGUUGGAAAGGGAAGCUGCUGAACGUCGACGUAGAGAGGUGGAAAUAAUACCUUUUGGGAAUUUUUGGUAUUGGAAUGAGGAGGAGGAGAUUGUUGAUGAGGAAGCCUUUGAGGCUGUGAAUGAGGAGGAGAAUAAUCGUUAUUUCUUGCUGGAUAUUCUUUGAAAAUUGGGGAGAAAAUAAAAUUUUUUUGAUUAAAAAUUCUGUAUAGAGAACAAGUAGGGUCCCUUCCUGCCCUUACCAUACCAGUCAAAUAGAGAUCGAGAUUUUUGAAAAGCCUGGACCUGUUCAUGGACUAUGGAGUUUGAUUUCUUGACCUGGACUGGAUCCUGGGCUGUAGUCCAGGAAAACCCAGGUCCAAGAAAACCCCAGGAAGAUCAAAAAAUGCCUAGACCUGGACUCUGGGUACAGGAAAAAUCCAAGCCCUGGUCUAGAUCCAGCUCGAUCUCUACUGUCAAAUGAAGGUUUUUGGUCAGUGCUGGGUAUUGGGUAUCUUGUGGCUCCGGCUCCGACCAUUUUCACAUCUUUAAGAUAAAAAUAUUCGGAGGG